AUGCCAGUAAAUGUCAUAUUUGUAGGAAUAAAAUCAAGGCCUGGGGAUGUAAAAGUACGAGACCACUGUCAUCUAACAGGGAAGUAUCGGGGACCCGCACAUCAAGAUUGCAAUAUUAAUUAUCAUGAAUCGCAAAUAAUACCUGUUGUUUUUCAUAACCUUAGCGGGUAUGACGCGCAUUUUAUUAUCGAAGCUAUUGCUACAGAAUUUGAGGGUGAUGUUUGUUUGCUUCCUAUUAACAAAGAAAAGUAUAUCGGUUUCACGAAAAGUGUGAAAGGUAGUUACAUCAAGUUCCGCUUUAUCGAUUCUUUUAAAUUCAUGGCAUCAUCAUUGGACAAGUUAGCAUCCUACCUCGAUGAAUAUAAAAUUGUAAACACAGUUUUUUCCAAUUACAGUGCUGAUAAAAUAAAAUUGUUAACGCGAAAAGGAGUUUUUCCUUACGAGUAUAUUGACUCAAAGGAAAAACUUGAUGAAAUUGAGUUACCACCAAAAGAAAAAUUUUAUAGCACAUUAAACGACUCAAAUGUCUCUGAUGAGGAUUAUGCACAUGCGCAAAAUGUGUGGACUGAGUUUGAUUGUCAAAAUUUGGGUGAUUAUGUGUACCUGUAUAUGCAAACCGAUAUUUUGUUACUCGCGGACAUUUUUGAAAAUUUUAGAAAUCAAUGUUUAAUCUCGUACGGUCUCGAUCCAGCCCAUUACUACACGACACCGGGCUUGACAUGGGAUGCCAUGUUAAAGCAUACGAAUAUAAGAUUAGAGCUCCUCACUGACAUCGAUGUGGUAAUGUUUGUCGAACGCGGAAUUAGAGGUGGAGUAAGUCAAUGCACCAAUCGGUAUGCUAAAGCUAAUAAUCAUUAUAUGAAGGAAUAUAAUGAAAGUGAGGGGACAUCUUAUAUCGUAUACUUUGAUGCAAAUAACCUCUACGGUUGGGCAAUGAUCCAGUCACUUCCCUAUGGUGGCUUCGAGUGGAUAGAAAAUUUUGACAAUAGCUUUGAUUUCAACGUCUCUGAUGACGAGGCGAUUGGCUAUAUUUUAGAAGUUGAUUUGGAUUACCCCGAUGAUUUGCAUGAUAAGCAUAGUGAUUUUCCGUUUUGCCCUGAACGCUCGAAGCCACCUGGAUCUAAAAAGGAAAAGCUCCUAACUACCCUCCUACCAAAGAGAAAGCACGUUCUCCAUUAUCGCGCGUUAAAACAAGCUUUGGCGAAUGGUCUUGUAUUAGUAAAAAUUCACCGUGUAUUGAAAUUUAAACAAUCCACGUGGUUAAAAUCAUAUAUUGAUUUUAAUACAACUCGAAGAACAAGUGCAAGCAAUGAAUUUGAAAAGAAUUUAUUUAAAUUAAUGAACAACGCGGUAUUUGGUAAGACAAUGGAGAACGUGCGAAAACAUGUCGAUAUUAAACUCGUUACAAAGUGGGAGGGUAGAUAUGGAGCUGAAGCUUUAAUCGCGAAACCUAACUUCCACAGCAGAACCAUUUUUAAUCUGAAUUUGGUUGCCGUGGAACUUAGAAAAAUGGAGGUACUACUAAACAAGCCACUUUAUGUGGGUUUAACAGUCUUGGAUGUUUCCAAAACGUUAAUCUAUGAUUUCCAUUAUGAUUACAUUUUAAACAAAUAUGACGCGAAAAAUUUAAAACUAUUGUACACCGACACUGAUAGCCUCAUCUACGAAAUCAGAUGCUCCGACAUUUAUGCAGACAUGAAAGCAGAUAUUGAUAAAUUCGAUACGUCAGAUUAUCCGGUUAAUAACGUGUACGGUAUUCCGCAAGCCAACAAAAAAGUUUUAGGAUUGAUGAAAGAUGAGUGCAGUGGAAAAAUCGUGACCGAAUUUGUUGGCUUGCGGAGCAAGAUGUACAGUGUGCGAGUUGAAAACAAAGAUGUUAUAAAAAAGGCUAAAGGUGUGAAAGCUGUAGUUGUUAAGAAGGACAUAGACUUUGAUGAUUAUGUGUAUUGUUUACAAAAUGUAAAAAUUCAAUCUAGAACGCAAUAUUGUAUAAGAUCAAACCUUCACAAUGUUCAUACUUUAAAACAAACAAAAAUUGCUCUGAGUCCUUUCGAUGAUAAAAGAUUUUUGUUAGCCAACAGCACCGACACCCUAGCAUGGGGGCAUUGUAAAAUUGCAGAAAUUAUGGAAGAUGAUGAAGCAUUGUAA